AACCUGAUACUUCCGAACUUGAAAAGAACUCCUGUGCAUGAUUUUAUCGUGCAACAAGGUGGUAAAAUGGUUCCGUUCGCUGGCUGGUCUAUGCCAGUUCAUUUUGCAAAUACUGGAGUUCUAGCGGAACACUUACAUACAAGAGAUAGUGCAUCAUUAUUUGAUGUAUCUCAUAUGCAACAAUUGAAAAUUCUUGGGAAAGAUCGUGUGAAAUUUCUGGAAAUGCUUACGGUAGCUGAUAUAGAAGAAAUGCAUUUUGGUACUGCGACCUUAUCACUUCUUACGAAUGAGAAGGGUGGUAUUGUUGAUGAUACGAUUAUAAGUAAACACGCCGAUCAUAUUCACAUUGUAACGAAUGCGGCUUGUGCAGAAAAAGUUUUAAAACAUAUACGUAAUCAAAUGUAUAAACUUCAAAGUCGAGGUUGGUUUCUUAAUCUGGAAGUUAUCAAAGAUUAUGCUUUAUUGGCUUUUCAAGGUCCAAAAACUGCAGAAAUUCUUAGAAAAUUAGGGGAUAAAGAUUUAAGGGAUUUUAGAUUUAUGACUACCAGAUAUGUAAAUAUUAAAAAAAUUGAACUUCAUAUGACACGAGGUGGAUAUACUGGUGAAGAUGGAUUUGAG